AUGAUAAGUAAAGAUAAGUUUGAGUAAACAAGUGAUAUUUUUACUUGUUUGAAAGAGCUAAACGUAGAAAAGUCCAAUAAAAUUAAUGAAAAUGAUAUUAAGACAUUUUAAGAAAUUAUUUGUGAAGUAAAGAAUUCUAAGUUAUAUUCGAAAUGGAAUAAAAGUGAUAUUUUAAGAUGGUCUUAGAAAAUUUAAUCCUAGGAUUUACAAAAUCUAAACAAAUAAACUCUUGUUGAAGUGCUUUGCGUUCUUGAUAGAGCUGUUGAAUUAGAUAAGAAACACUAGAUUAGAGAAGUUCAAAUGCUUUCUUUACUUUCUUUACUUUGCAAAAAUGAAAACUAAGGAAGAAUACUUUAAAUCCUUACUGGCUAAGGUAAAACAUUGAUUAUAAGUUGCUUGGCUGUGUUACUAAGUUUGCAGGGCUGUCAAGUUGAUAUUGUUACUAGUAAUGAUGUUCUUGCUAAAAGGGAUUCUUAAGAAUUAAAAUCAUUUUACUCAUUAUUCAACCUAAAGUGUUCCCAUAAUAUUUAAAAAGAAGAAAAGAAAUAGAAGAAAUAAAAAAAAGCUGAAAAAGGUUCAUAAAAGUUUGUAGAAGAAGAUGAAGAAGAAGAAGAAGAAGAAUAAGAAGAAGAGAUAAAAUUUGAUGAAGAAAAUAAAAGAAGAGAUUUAUAAAAAGACUUGCUUACAUAGAAUGAAAACGAUGACACAUAAAAUAUGGAAGUAGAAGAAUAAGAUGGGACAGCUAGUUGCUACUAAAAUGACAUUAACAUUGUAUAUGGGACAGCUCACUUUUUUUAAGCAGACAUACUAAAACAUGAAUUUUACAAAAAAGGAAAUAGAGGAUCAAGGAGAUUUGAUUAAGUUAUUGUUGAUGAAGUUGAUAGUAUGCUUGUCGAUUCAAGAAAUCACAGAACAUUGCUAGCUUCAGAAUAAUCAGGGUUUAACAAGAUCAUGCUAAUAAUUUAAAUGAUUUGGAUAGAAUUAGGCAAAAUUGAAGAUUUAAUCAAUCCUAAAACUCUUAAAAAAUGA